CAUAACGUUUAACAACCCACCCGCAGCUCUUAAGCAAAGCUCCUCCUUAUCCGAAUAUUUACAUCCAGUUCUUUUCAAGAAUUAUCCUACAGCGUUACAAUUCUGCGCUCAGCCGCUGCCAAGGCACAACUUAAGUCUCCGACGAGCGCUACCUCAGAAUGUCGGCCCCGGCAACAUCUUCUCCGAAAACAUCGGUGCAUGCUGCAUCAUCUAACUCGUCGGUCCCUGAAGUCCGGAACGCCGUCCCGUCAACUUCAGUUUCCGCUCCAGUCCCAGCUCCGAAUAAUGCAGCUGGCCCAUCCAACAACGUGGGCUCACCGCACUUCUCGCCAUCUUUUCAAUCCACACGUCUACAACCAUCCAGCUCCGCAUCAGCAUCCCGAAGCACCACGUCGCCUCCUACCACUACAACCGCAGCAGCGUCUGGCGCCGCCGGGGCCCAGCCUCACGUCACGAUGGAUCUAAAUCCGACACUACCCUCCCGUGCGACGCAGCUGCAUAUUGAUGAAGCACGAGCGGCCCUUGUAGCCUCCAUGUCGAAUAUGCUAGACUCCGAACUACAAUCGCGCGCCUCACUCCUCCACUCGAACGCUGCUGCACUAGCUAAGCAAGAGAAAGACGUAAUAAAGGGGACCGAAGGGUUGCGCAAAGAAAACGAUAAGCUCGAGAAACUCGCUCGCGAUACAGAACGUAAGAUCAAGGAGCUAGGCAACGUACAGAACUGGGCUGAGGUCUUGGAAAGGGACUUCUUAGUCCUGGAAGAAACGAUGCGCUUAGUAAGGGAGGGCAGCGGGAGCGACGAUGAGAGUUGUAGUGAGUGUAGUAGGAGCAGUUGGUCUGGGAGUUAUAGCGCUGAUGAUAGCAGGGUGGGGAGUCGUCGAGGGAGCGUGACGGGCGACGAUGAUGCGAAGAGAACGAACCACUUAGGCACGAAUGGAAACGCAACCGUUAAUGACGGUGCGAAAAGCGCUGCCUAUGCAGAAGAACGCACGAACGUUACCGUGGACAAAGAAGUCUCCGCCAGUAUUAGCGAAGCUAUGGCUACAUCGCUACAUGAACCCCUAGAGUCUUUGUCGCUAGGUGCGACUGCGACGGAGUCUCAGGGGAGCUCGGUCAAGGGCAAAGAGCCAGCAACUGAGGACAGCGGGAUAGAGUUUGAUACUACACCCGAGACCGUAUCUUUUGGAUCGACUCAACCGGCGGAUAUUCCCCUACCGGAUGACUUCGACGAUGAUUUAAUCUAUGAGAGCCCCAGUCCUUUUCCAGCAGAAGAACAACAAUGAAAUUGAUCCCUGGGAGGAAUUAUUGUUAUGGUUCAAAGCUAAGGAGGCUUUUGGCUAAUGGAUUUUUGGCGGCUAGGGCGUCAUGGUCGGGUGGGCGGACUUCUCCAGCAACGCAUUUGAUGAUUGGCUUGCAUGCCACUGUUCUAAUAACAUAAUUAAUUGUUCAUGAGAUCAUGAAGAGUCGGGACACCUAGGAGAGGCACUAGGUUCCGAAGUAGAUAUUCGAGCAUAGAUGGACUU